AUCACAAUAAAAACUACUGCGUAAGUUGUGGAGCCUAACGGCUGUACCCUGGAUAAUGAUGUAAUUCCUCAAAAGGGACGAUAUGACACCAAACAUACCCUUUUACGAAGAAGACUCAACAACGACGACGGAGUGUCCGACAUUACAAGCUGUCUUUUAUGACGUUAUCACGGUAUUUUGGUAGUCACACCUCAGUUCAAGUCCCAUAUGGCCAUCUGCCUACAGAAUCAUAUAUAAUCUUGUGGAAUGGACAGGAUAAUCCCUUUCCCUUUCAUCAACGAGCCCUGCUCUAUUCAUAAACCAACACUCACUUUUACCAGUUCCGAGCGCCGUUGCCUCUAAUAACAAACACCUGUAUAGAUCAUCACCAUGUCUGAAAAAAAGGAGACUAGACGCAUGGGGCAGAAGAAAAAGCCUCAGCAGGAACAGCAGGAGGAGGAACAACCUCAGCAGGAGCAGCAGGAAGAGGAACAGCCUCAGGAAGAGGAACAGGAGCAGGAAGAGGAACAGCCUCAGGAAGAUGAACAGGAGCAGGAGCAGGAGCAGGAGCAGGAGCAAGAGCAGGAGCAGGAGCAGCCUGAGCAAGAGCAGCCGCAGCCUCAACAGGAACUCCAGCAGCAACGCCCUAGCCAAGGCAGUCGCAAACCCACACUCAACAUGCCCCCCCCUCCUGGGCCCAAAACCAAUCCGAAGAACCCACCUCGUUCCGAGACCGCCCGUGACCGCGCUCUCGGUCCACUCCGUUCUCACCGUACCCCCCUUCCCAACGAGCUUUCCGAGCUCACCCCCGAGGAGCAGCCCGGUGGUGCACACAAAGACGAUAAGCACUCGUUGAGCAUCAAUAUCUCGCUUGAUUUGCUAGUAGAGGUGCAUUUGACUGCGAGGGUGAAAGGCGAUAUCACUAUUGGGCUGUUGUAAGGUAUUACAGCUUUUCAGACAUUGAGGGAAUAUCAGGAGGGAUGGAUGGGGUUUGCAGAUUUUCCCAACGAAGCUGGUGGUCGUUAAAAAAGCAUUAUUAAGCAUAACAAUGUUGAUAACCCUUUUAUGAUAUAUGUAGCAUAGAGUUUGACGUGAUGUUAAUGACAAAGUCGACCAACUUAAUUGAAC